UGUGCCAUGAUGGGUUUGCAGGCGACUACAGGAGUAGCAGCGGGUGGAAAGAGAAAGUUGGAGAUGUCGGCGACGGCGCCGACGGAUGCCUCGACGCCGGCGAAGAACGGCCGCUGGGAGGCCGUCGACGACUGCAUAGCUAGGUUGCAAGCGGUAGCGGUGCCGGCGACGGCGGACGCCUGGCGAGCACCGACGCCCUCGCUGGCCGCCACCCUGCUCACCGACGACGAUUUCGACGAGGACGAGUUCGAAGACGAGCUUUCGGACGAGGAGAAGUGUGCAGGAGUAACGCCGCCUGAACCAGCUAGGUUCACCCAGCAGCCGUACAAUAGGUUUCAAACCCAAACAGACUAUUGGCAGUACUACCAACCAGCGCAGCAGCAGACCAUCCGAUGCGAAGAAAACGGAAAGUCCUACCUUGAACUAGGAGCUUCUCCACCGGUUCGGACGCGCUGUUGCGACGGAAGGACGCGGUGGUGCCAUGUCCCCUGUUUUCGGCAAAGACGUUUGGCGGUUCUGAACCUCUCCAUGUGCAAGCUGGCGAGGUACAGGCAGUGUUCGGACCCUUCUUUGCGCAGAUCGGUAUUGAUAUGCAACACCUUGAGGAGGCUAGAGCGGGAGAUGGAGGCCGAACCUCAGGAACCAUGCUUUCCGAGUUUACCACCCCUGGCACCGAUUACGGUACCGGAAGCCACCACUACCACCCCCGCGAGUUACGAGCAGAGCUUGAGGGACAUGAACUGUUCGGGAAGGGCGACGCCUUUUCCCUCGAAUCCCCCUGAUACGGAUUCAGGACUGGGCGACGACGAGACGACGAGGCCCAUCAACUGGGGAUCUGUUCUCAGCCUCACCAGCCAGACGGAUUUGGAGUCUCUAAACAAUAACGAAUUGUACGCUGAAUUGGGGCUCAGCAGUAGUGAAAGCAUGGAGUGGAAAGAACCCGUUCGGACUGAAAACGAGUGGGAUGGUUUCAUGCAUGUGUUGGUGGGGGGCACGUAGCAUUAAGUCGCUACGUAAGUUCGAUAGGUCAGUCAGAAAUGAAUUCUAGGCCGAAACUUCUGGAUAGAUAGAAUUUUUACUAGAAUCAGCGACAUAAUUUCCUUCUAUUGUUAUUAAGUCUUACUCAGAAUUUUAUUGGACAAACGAAUACUAUAGCAAACAGACUCCAAAUGUUGGAAGAAGUAAAGGCAUUUCUUUCAAAUAUUAUUCGAUAUUUAGGUCUAAAAACUUUUUUGUUUUCAAACUAAUAAGUACAUCCUACUUUACUCAUGAUUCCACCUCAA